CAGCUGUGUUUCGUGUACCUAAUGAAGUGUCCAGUGGGUGGGGUGGGGGCUCGCCCUCUUCCACGUGACUUUGUGGCUGCUUCCAGACUGGAGGGAGACGCGCCCCUCUUCCUCUUCCGCCGCUUCCUCAUCACUGCAGCAGCUUGGGGGUUCUGCAGCGUGUUCCGGAUGGUUCUACUGGUGCUGCUGGCCGCCUGUGUGUGCUCGGCGGCGAGGAUCCCGCAGCUCAAUGAACGCCCGCUCAUCGGUGUGCUGGCACAGGAAGUCCUGCCAGGUGACCACUAUGCCACUGGUUCCUCCUACAUCGCCGCCUGCUACGUCAAAUACUUGGAAGGAGCCGGGGCCCGCGUGGUUCCCAUCAGAAUCAAUCGUACAGAAGAAGAAUAUGCCAAGAUCUUCUCCUCCAUUAACGGGUUGUUGCUGCCGGGCGGAGACGUUGACAUCCAGACGUCGCAGUACACUCGAGCCGCCAAGAUCUUUUAUGACCUGGCAUUGAAGGCCAACAAUGGGGGCGACUACUUCCCUGUCUGGGGGACGUGUCAGGGCUUCCAGCAGCUGACGGUUUUGACGGCCAACAAAAACCUCCUUACGCUCACCGACACCAAGGCGGUGGCGCUGCAGCUUACUUUCACGCCAGAGGCCCAGUCCAGCCGUCUGUUCCAGAACUUUCCCAAGGACUUAAUGCAGUCUCUAGAUGAGGAGAACAUCACCGCCAACUUCCAUAGCUGGAGUUUGUCUCUUAAGAACUUCAGCCGCAACGCCAAGCUGAAGAGGUUCUACAAGGUGCUUUCCACCAACACGGAUGGGAAGACGGACUUCAUCUCCACCAUGGAAGCCUACCACUACCCCUUCUACGCUGUGCAGUGGCAUCCAGAGAAAGCCCCCUACGAGUGGGUGGAUAAGCCCGGCAUGGUCCACUCAACCGCCGCCGUGCGAGCCUCCUUCUACACUGCCAUCUUCUUCGUUUCAGAGGCCAUGAAGAACCAACACACCUUCUCCAGUGCCGCAGAGGAGGAGCAGGCUCUCAUCUACAACUUUGCUCCCAUUUUCAGAGGCGCCCACGCCAUUUUUGUGCAGAACUAUUACUUCGACUGACACCCAGCGGGAAACUGACCUGAGAUCACCUCAAACACCAAGUCAGUGCUCGCCUGAUUGGUUGGCUUGUCUUAGUUUAUGUUACAUUGCAUUUUCUUGUUAAAUUGUGAAAUGAUCCUGUUUUGUGGCCUCGUUUGCAAGACACUCUGUUAUUCAAUUCUGAGUCAUCCUACCAGACCCCUUUUGGGGGUCCCUCAACCCCCAAAACCAUCGAUUGACUGAUACAGAGCAACUUGGUCGUUUCUUCUUGUUCAGGAGUGAUAUGCGUGUAAUAUGCAUGCCAGGCCACCAGUUGGCGAUGCCACUUUGUAAAGGAAGGCUACGCGCAUGCACACCUACUGUCGUGAAUGUUCCCAGUCAUAUGCUGUGUCUCAAAUCGAAUAUUUCCGUCAGUACGCUUCAGUAAGUACACUACUUAGCUCUUGAGUGCGCAGAUUUUGCCUUCUGCUACGUAGCCACGAUGGUGACUAUUGAGGAGGGUAAGGGUGAAGUGCUUUACUUCUCAGCGUGAACGCAUUUACGCACUCAACUCCAUGUAAGUGCGCAAGUGUGCGAAUUGAGACACAGCAUGAGUCUUACGAUGGCUCAUGAAUAAGUCAACACAAAUGUUGUCUUGUUUUCACACACGACUGAUUCCAGUGUUUACAUAGUUAGUAGAUUAUGUUUGCGUGUAGGUAGAGGAACAUCUUUGAUACAUCAUGUCCAGGUCCAGUCUUGUCUUGUUGCCUUGUUUGUGCUUAAUGUCUGGUUUCUUGAAUAAAGGCAAACCUCUGGAAACAUC